AUUCAGAAUGACUUUGCUAGACCAAAGAUGCAGCGUUUUGCUGUAUCUGUUUGUCUACACAGUUUUUCCAAUAGUGCUGUCAUCCUUUGUGAAUUAUACGCCAGGAUUGGAAUACCUGUACAAUCUCAACUCAAACAUUGAGCUUAAAGGCGUACAGGCUUUUCUCGCAAAGGGGCAGAUCGGUUUUGUGAACGUAGCAGAAGGUGACAACAUUCAAGAGUUGCUAUUAAUUGUGCAUGGUUUGACAUUCACCCCUGAAGGUCAUCCAGAAGCAGAAAAUCAUCAUAAGGAUUUUUCGAAGUGGUUUUCGUUUGAAAUAAAUAACAGAGGAGAAAUUGGAAAAGUAUAUCAUCCUGCAGACGAGGACAGGGAAAUUCUCAUGCUUAAGAAAGGGUUUGCGGGCAUGCUGUCUGCCAAACUUCAUCAUCGUCAUGAGGUGGAACACGAAAUAUAUCAACACGAUAGCUGGGGAUAUAAAACGGAUGAAUUUGGAAGAGAAGGUCAACACAAUGCUUCUUACGUAGUUCGCAAAACUUCAAACGGAUAUGAGUAUAUAAAAACUAGAAAUUCUACAAAGAUUCAGUCAGUAAAUGGAAAUGGAACUUAUAUAAAGUUGCUAAAUGUUCACGAAGCAUUGAAUACUAUCCAUAGUGUUAUGAUCGAAGAGGAACUAUGUAUUGACUUUUCAACAAAGGAAGGAUUUGACCCUUUUCAUGGCAUGAGACCCGUCCGUGCUGUAUCAAGUUUCAUCGAUAUGGGUUUUCCACAGAUAGCUGCUACCUCCAAAGACAAAUUGGUGUUUUUAAAGAAGAAAGAAUUUUUCCCGAAAUCUGAAAAGCCAAAAAGUAUACAUACUGGAAGUAUCCACCACACAAAAAAGAUGAAAAAGCGAGAUGCCUAUCAAACACAAAGCGAGAUUCAUGAUGCAAAGAAUUACAUAGCUGGAAACAUGACAUGCAUCCGACAACAACCAGAGAAAGGCUCUCCUGAAUUAGGCAAGUGCUUCCAUAAUUUGAUUAGGACGCUUGAGCAAAUGUCUGAUGCCGAUCUUGAGAAAAUCGCUAAUACCUACUUUCUAUCAACCUCAAUACAAAAAAGAGAAAACAGAAAUACGAUGGCGGACGCGUUCGUGGCGCUCAAUGAACAAACUUUGUUAGUGAACAAGGUGCUGAAUAAUCUACACACAGGCGAGCAUUUCCUAAUGAGGGUGCUAACAUUGCUCACAGCUCUUCACCAUGAACCAAAUAAAGAGCUGUUGACUACUGUCGAGAAGUUUUGUUUCAAAGGGCGGAGAUCAGAAAGUGUACCUCUUUCAAAAGAAAUUAGACACGUUUCCUGUUUAACAUUUGGAGGGUUAGUUGGUAAUGUAAGAAAGUACGGACAAGCAGAACACGCUGAGAAACUUGUACAAUAUCUCCAUAAUGAACUUGGAUUACAUGAUCCAUGGUUUUUCAAGAUGAAGAGAUCGACAAUGACAGAGAUAGAAUGUGUAGAAUAUGAUCAUAACAAAGUUGUCCUCCUUGAUGCAAUCGGCAAUGCAGGGUUAUCUGUAUCGUAUGAGUACAUAGUGUCACAUAUCAAUUCAACGAACUCACAGUGGAUUAAACGUACUGGAAUCCAUGCACUGAGAAAUUUUCACGAUUUGAAAACACUACAGGAGCUGGAGAAAGUUGCUUUGUAUGAUGACGAUGAUACAGUUCGCUAUGAAGCACUCCUCCAGUGCCAGGCUCAUCCAUUUUCAGCCUUAGAUAGCACCGGAGAUAACACAGGACUUGCUCACGCUGGAAUUUCUAGGAGAUCAAUCCUAGAUGCUGCACUGGCAUUUAGACUUGAGGCCCCAGGUGUAGACUGGCAGAAACAGCUUGGCUCGAGUGCCAUUGGUGCCUCAUUUGGCAUUAUCAUGGAAAAUCUCCUUGAUUUGCACAUGUCUUUGAUAAAAGGACAUGUAGAUGUGAGAGUGCAUGAUGAAGCGUAUGUAAAGGUUCACUUGGGAUUUAUAGGCAUCAACAUGGACUUUUUCAUGGCAAGGAUUUGUUUCAAAGGUGGUGCAAAGUACGCCCUCAAUAUAUUAAAGGAACUGGAUCCAAAGCUGGGAUUUGACCUAAUAAAACAGUUCACAAAUAUUGUGAACAAAGUUGUAGGUGCUGUCAAGAGAGGGGUAGAAGCAUUAAAGAGUGUUAUUUCUACCGACUUCUCCCUGAAGGAUAUUGUUGAAGAUUUUGUUAAAUCCGUGACGGAAAUUCCAGAGAAGGUAACACACCUGGCUAGCAAUAUAUACAGAGCAAUGAAGAAGCUUGCAACUUUCAAAUUAGACAGUUUGCCGCCAUUUAUAAACCCUGUAAUGAAGUUCAUCAGUGCAGUUGUUAGUCUAUACGAAAAGGUCAAAGAAGAUAUUAUGACAUUUUUCAAUUCAAUAGUUCAGGCCGUUAAAGUGGUGAUCCCAAAGGCAGCAGAGGACGUGUUUAAUGCGGUACAAGAUAUAAUUGGGGGAUUCAUGAAUAUUUUCAAAGAUCCCAAAACAUCUUUGUUCAAGAUAGGAGCAGGGGUGAUAAGUAUAUAUACAAAUGUUAACAUUCUGAAAGACACAAAGGAUGAUAUAAUGAAUCAUACAUUCAUUACUGAAGGUAUUAGCCCGUACUGGAGUGAUCUGACAGAUGAUAUGGAGACACUUCUAGACUUGUAUCGUGACGCCGUAGAUGCAAUUAAGGAAAAGGGAGAAGACUGGCUUCUUGAAACAGUUGAGCAGGACCUAGCUGAAAAGGCUACGAAGGGAAAAACGUCUCUUAAAACGAUCAAACAGAAAAUUCUAGCUGAACUUGAAAAUGAAAUUGAAACGUUGAUGGCACCUUUAGAUGCACUGAAAAAUAUUGGUGGAGGAUACUUAAAAAACUUUGAAAUUUUAUUCGACACGUACAAGAACCUAAAGGAAGCCUUUGAAACCUUAAAAAACGGGUAUGAAUUUGCAAGGUCAAUAGUCGACCGUAUAUUUGGACCAAAGUUUCACAAAGACUUUCCGCGUGAAAAAAGAGUCAGUGGCGGUGGCUGCAGCGGAGAUGGUUUUUAUCCUUCUAGACUCGGUAACGGACAAGUCGAAUACAAAAGUGAUGGGAUAGAUUUGUUGCAAAGUACAGGCAAACCGGUGAUUGCACCGUUUUCUGGAAGAGUGAUUCGUUCAGGAAGUGAGAACGAAAUUAUCAUUUUGGAUAGUGGAGAGCUUCCUCCUGGUUCAGAAUUGAUAAUAACCAACGUUAACCCGGAAGAAGAUAUAAUGCAUCCUGAUGGUCCGGCUUACGAUGAAAAAAGAGUUUCUGCCGGAGUUGUUAUAGGUACAGUAACACGCUCUUCAUGUGACAGUUACAACCAUAUUCAUCUUUCUAUAAAGAGAGAUGGAGGAUUUGUCGAUCCGAGCAAUUAUUUGCCACAAAGACAAAUUGAAGUGCCCAAAUGGACACAAGAGUGCGAUGAUUAUAAAGUUGUGUACCAGGGCCAAACAAUUGUAGCUGGAACCAUAGUUGGUCCUGGGGGACGAAAUGAAGAUGACACGUCAACGGACGUUCCAGUGGAUGAAUCACAGGCUAUUGGCAAUAUGGUCGAAGCUGAGAAACCUGGACAAGAUGUUCAAAAUAUUAUAGGCAAUGCCGAUGGAAUGUAUAGCAGACUUUCUAAACGAAGAAAAAAACGGAAUGUAUUGCAAACACUUGCUGCCUCCAUAGAAACGCUUGUCGCCAAUAUAAAAGGAUUUCUGAAGCGAUUUUCUAUACGUCGAGUCAAAAUGGGAGAAAUCAUCCAAUUUCUGGACGAUUUAGAACUUCACGAGACAAAACAAAAGAUGGCAGCAUUGGUGAAAUCGAUUAAAGCUACAUUAGACCAGGAAUCUUGCGGCAGCCCAUACCAUAUGACAGAUCAGGAGUUACAAACAACACUUUUGAAUAAAGGAAAGCAGGCAGAGAGUGGGAGUAGGGAUGACAUGAUAAAAGAACUUCUGAAAGUAAAACACAACUGCCCAUUUAUUUCCCUUACCAUGCCUUCAAGCGAAACGCUAUAUUGUACUCUUGAUGAAAAGUGCCUUGGACUUGAGUGUUGCUUAACACUUGAAGUAUUUCAUAUGCUACAGAAGACGUUCAGAGUCUACGUAAGAUUAGAUACAGAUCCGUUGGCGUUAUCCUUUGGUUUGGAUUCUUGGGACUAUGUGUUCAACUCGAGUAAACUUGUCGGCGAAAUUGAAGGUAUAUUGGAGACAAAAAUAACAUUGGAUUUUCUAGACGGCCAAGAAAUAAUGAUCAAGUAUAAAAUUCACGUCUCGAUAAAAGAACUGAAGUUAUCAGUCGGUGUUGGACUUUGUGACACAGAGGAGUUCGAUGAAUGCUUGACAUUUGUUGAUUUACUGAAAGAUGCCAUAUUCCCGUUUCCGAAAUUACACCCUAACGGUACAAUAUCAUACGAACUGCCCGAUUUCGCAGACUAUGCUGAAGACUUUAAAGAGAAUUUGAUUGAAGUUGGAGAAACAGUCGCAGAGGCAGCUAUUGAUGAAGUUAUUUCCCUGUUUCUUCAAAAACUUGGCAUUUCAGAAGAUCUGCUACUCAACGGACACCCUUAUCGUGCACCAGAUACGUUAGAGGUAGAUGAAUUGAUAGAUUACUUAAUUGAUAAACAUUUGCCAACUCAUGGCUCAUUAGAAGAACUGAAGGCGAGAGUUUUGGAAAAUGAAAGAAGUUGUAGCCUAAAUGGAUUAGAUAUCCGUCUUCCAGACAUUACAUUAGACUUUUUACAUUAUGACAUUUCUGACGAUUGUAUGCGUAUUAACGCCUACGUAGAUGUAAGAGUUCCAGGAAUCAAUUACUCAAGAACAUUCUCCGCCUACCUCGAGCUUGAUCCAUGUCGUUACGUAAUACGAGCGACGUUUGAGAAGUGGGAUACCACCGUGAUACUGUUUGAGUAUGACUGGGGCAAAGAAGAGGUGCUUCAGCUUGCAGAGGAUAUGUAUGUAACGUUUAACAUUGACAAAGAUGAAAUAAAGAAAAUGUUUGUUAUAAACCUUGGCAUUAAAUGUACUGUUGCCAAUAUUGAUGCACAACUACUGAGAGAAUUUAUGGUACCGAUUCCAAUCUGCAACGGCAACUUUUCUUUACAAGGAAGUCUUAUGAGUGUUGCAGAAGCACUAGGUGGUCAGAUAAACAGAGAAGUAUUUGAUCUCGUGUUAAAACAACUGCGUAUUGAUGAAAUCAUUAAGGAAGGAUCUUGUGAAUUGCCUUCGCCCCCUGCAGACUGCCCUCCAUCUUUGAACAUAUCCAGUAUGAUACCUCCCAGUAUGAAGGAUGUCCUAAAAUGUGAAUUAGCUGACAACUGUUUUGGUAUUACAUGUUGUGUCAACUUUGGCUUUACAAUACCGUUGUCUUCUAUUGAAAUGGAAGUAUCAUUUCCAGUUUGGUUUAAAAUGGAUCCAUGUGAUUUUCGUAUUGACACUGGAAUAGGUGGAGAAGGAUUUGAGGCACAGCUUCUGAAAUAUGAAUGGGGAAAAGAAUCAACAAUUCCGAUCGGGUCAGGCGAAGAUGCUCCAAUAACGAUAAACUAUGCAAUUGACAGUGAUGAGGAUGGCUUUAUCUUAGAUCUGCGUGUAGACAUAUGUUUACCAGUUGGUGGUGAGCAGUACUGCAUACCGGAAGAUGGCAUUUUACUUUUAAACAAGGAAAAGGUUCCAGCUUGCAACUUAAAUGCAUGGACAAAUAUAACAGACUUUUCGUUCAAAGAAUGGAUAGAGUCGAAAGGAGAAAAUGUGGGAGAGCAACUUUCAAGUGCAGGAAGAGAUGCACUCCUAGAUCUUCUUGGUUUAAACGACCUACUGCUUUCACCACCGUGUGAUCGGAAAAGGAGUCCAUACAGUCCUUCAGUGAUGGGUUGGAACACCUUGUGCCCGCUACGUUUUGUUAAUCGCCCAGCCUUGCCAAGCAUUGUGUCGUGCAGUGUACCUGAUUACUGCACUGGGAUCAACUGCUGUAUUGAUAUAGACGACAUCGGUCUUUCUUUGAAAGCUUACAUUGACGUCAAUAUGUGCAAUUACGUUAUUUCCGGUGGGAUAGAAACACAGACAUUCCAAUUUUCAUUGUUCAACUACGAAUGGGGUAAGACAGAAACAGUAUCAAUCAAAGACUUCUUUCGUUUAAGGUAUUCCAUAAAGAAACCAACCAAUGAAAGGGUUUUCAUCAUCACUCUUCAAGUAGGAGUUUGCCUUGAAACAGAUGGCAGUUGUAUGUUUGAUGAGAAGUUGUUCGAUGGUACAAGGGUUCCCCAACUUGGCUGUGACACGUCUUUCAAUUUUUCAAACUUUUCUGUAACGUCAUGGCUUGAGAACAACGGAUUAGGGAAUCUCAGUACGUCACACGAUUUAUGGGGAGAUGCUGUAAAGUUUUUAUCAGAGGUUAUUGGUCUUGACAAGUUCUUUCUGGACGAACAAUGUGAUGUCCAUAAAGAUCCGUAUAAGAAUGCAACAGUGGGAUGGAAUAAUGGCUGUCUGGAAACGACUGUAGAUCUUCCAGAUUUACCAGAUUCUACUGUCUGUCAUAUCGCUGCUUCAUGCACAGAUGUUGACUGCUGUAUCGGUGUUGACUAUCUGAGACGUUCCUUGCAAGCGUCCUUUGCUAUCGACUUCUGCAAUUUUACAGUUCAUGGGAACUUGGAGACGUUGACAUUUAGCUUUGAUAUUAUUGGUUUUCAGUGGGGACGCCAAGCCGAAGAAACUAUCUUAGAUCUCAUUAGAAUUAGGUAUACAAUAGACAAGACCGAAAAACAUUUCAUCAUUGACCUCUCUGUUGAAGUCUGUUUGGAAUCUGAAGCUGCUUGUCAAUUUGCUGUAGACAUCUUCAAGAAAACAAUGUUCCCUAUUCCUGUGUGCAACCUAGAUGCGGGCUUUAAUAUAGGAAAUUUUUCGCUAGAUAAGUGGCUGAAAGACAUUGGUAGUUCUCUGGAGGAUAAUUUGCCUACGUCAGUAGUUUUACUGCUUCUUAAACAGCUAAAUAUUGAUAAGUUUCAACAGAGACCAACAUGUUCUGCAUCUGAUUUUAAGUAUGAGAAUGCUUCGAAUGGAUGGAGUUCAGAAUGCAAUGCAUCCUUGAUAUUACCAACUUUACCGGAGGAAAUAGUUUGCCAUAUGACCGACUAUUGUACGGGAAUAGACUGUUGCAUAUAUCUAGACAUACUGAGAACUAAUAUCCAUGUUAAAUUCCUCCUGGAUACAUGCAAAUAUAAACUCACAAUGGCAAUAGAGCGCUUAGAGAAAGAAAUACUUUUGUUGGACUAUAACUGGGGUGAAACGAGUCAUUUUUCCCUUGGAGGAGUUUUCCAAAUAGAAUACAAAAUUGAUGAUCUACAGAGCAAGAAGAAAUUCGUUCUCAAUGUAAAUCUGAAGAUCUGUUUUGAGCAGGAAGAAUGUCUAUUCAAAUUUCGCGUCCUUACAGACGCAUAUAUUCCCAAACCAUUGUGUGACUGGAACGCCGGACUCAUAAUUCCAGACUAUUUAUUGGCUAACUGGAUGGACGAUGCGGGGUAUGGCACUGACGUUGACGCUCUUAAGGAUUAUAUGAUAGAGAAGCUUUUUGAUACCUUGGGUAUUGCCAAAUACAUUGACGCAAAUGAGUGCACUAGAGAGACAUAUCCUUUCGCGAAUGCCACAAAUAGCUGGACGACAGAAUGCCCGAAGACCAUAGACGUCGCUGUUCUUCCAGAAUUUAUAGCAUGUCAUAUACCGUCUUACUGUACCGGCGUUGACUGCUGUGUUUACGUUGAUUUAGUGAAGCGUUCCUUCAAACUUUACGUGCACCUUGAUCCUUGCAACUAUAUAUUUGCAAUCGGUAUUGAUCAAUUUGGAUUAAACAUAUCACUCCUUGAGUACGACUGGGGGAAAACUGAAGAAUUUUCCAUGUUUGGCGUAAUGCGUAUAAGUUAUUCAGUUACUAAUUUGGAUGCAGAACACCAGUAUGUCCUGAAUUUGAAGAUGUCUAUAUGUUUCAAAUCAGCCGCUUGUGAUGAAAACAUUAUCCUUUUAGAAGACACAAGAAUACCGAAAAUAGGUUGUGAAUGGAAUACAUCGCAAUCGGAUUUUAACCUAGAUCAGUAUUUAGAGAGGAUUGGUAGCCAGAUUGAAAACAUUGGAGACACUUUACCCGAUAUUGCAGCCGAUAAACUUCUUGAAACCCUUGGCGUUUCUAUGUUCAUGCUUCAGACGCAAUGUAAACCUUCAGGCGGAGACGGGAAUACCCUAAGGAAUGAAUGCGAUCAGCUAGAAAUUGAACUCACAGCAGUACCUGACAUUAUGACAUGUUCUAUACCUGUCCAUUGCACGGCAAUCGAGUGUUGCAUCAGUAUUCCUUUGUUAGGCAGAACAAUAAGUGUAUCAGUCGACCUGGAUGCUUGUGGUUAUCAGCUUACAGUUAGGCUGGAAAGAUUUACAAAACAUAUACAAUUGUUUGAUUACACAUGGGGGACUUGGCAGAAACUUGAUAUCAAUGGCGUUUUCGUUUUACAGUAUCGACUGGAUGAUUUGAAAUCAAGCAAACAAUUCGUUGUUUUUGUACGCGUACUUGUUUGCUUUGAUCGAAACAAGUGCAGUUUGGAUAUAACAAUCGUCGACAGUUUGUUGCUACCUAAACCGCUAUGCAACUUUAACGGAACCUUCAAACUUCCUGAUUUUUCGUUUGACAAAUGGAUCACAGAUAAUACAAACAAAGUGACAGAUGACCUUACAGAUAUUUUAAGAUCAAAGUUGUUUGAGGAUCUUGGAAUUACACCGUAUUUACUGAACGAUGAAUGCAGUAAAAUUGAUUCAUCACCUGAUGGAUGGGUGACAGACUGUCCACUGAAUUUGUCACUUCCUGUGCUUCCAAAUAACACAAACUGCCACCUAUUGAAGCACUGUACUGGAUUCUCAUGCUGUGUGAACGUUCCCUUACUGCAAAGGUCAUUUUCAUUUCACCUGGAUCUAGAUAGCUGCAAUUUUGCACUCAACGUUGGCAUCGAGAAACUUCGAAACAAUCAGUCACUCAUAAACUAUGAAUUUGGUCGAAAGGAAACAGUCGAUUUGUUUGGAAUAGUUCAGCUCAGCUAUACAAUUGUUGAUGAGAAAGACUUGUCAGUGUUCAAACUCUCGGCAGAUGUUGGUAUAUGCUUAGAUGCAAAUAUGAAAUGUGACCCUGUAAUAUCAUUGCUUGAACACGUACCUAUGCCGAAACCACUGUGUAAUUGGGAUAUGGGAUUCAGAAUUCCAGAUUUCAAUAUAGCUGUUUGGCUUGAACAACAUGGAUUAACGAAAUCUUCACUUAAAGGCACAAUUCUUGCAAAACUGUUAGAUUCGCUUGGAUUAUCUCAAUACCUGCAGGAUGAUGGAUGCAGAUUUUUAGAAAUUCCAUACAAAAAUAGUGUUGACGGUUGGAUUACAGAUUGUCCAUUGGACUUGUCCUUACCCAGGCUGCCCCAAGAAUUACGAUGCUAUGUUCCGAGUUACUGUACAGGUGUUGAAUGCUGCCUUAAUGUUGAUGUAUUUCGAAGAGGCUUUAGUGUUGUUCUUUCUAUGGAUGCGUGUUCCAACAGACUUGUAGUCAGCAUAGACAAUCUUAAGCUGAAUGUGUCUCUUGUGGAUUAUGAAUGGGGCUCUACAAAAGCGAUGUCAUUAAUGGGUGUUAUUAAAAUAACAUACAGCAUUCGCAAUUACGAGGAAAGUAGACAGUUUGGAAUUGACAUAGGUUUAACAGUAUGCCUUAGCCAUGACAACUGUGAGUUUCAAAUGACAUUACUGGACAACAAAACAUUGACAAAACCACUAUGUAGAUGGGACGCAGGAUUCAUGAUAACUGAUUUUUCUCUGGACAAUUGGCUGCAAGAAAAUAACAUACUAGACGUAGCUAACCUUAUGCCAAAUGUAGUGGAUAAGCUUAUGAAAGAAACUGGUUUAAAGCAAUACAUGCAGACGGAACAGUGUGAUCGGACUGGAACGCCUUAUUCGCCUUCAGAGAACCAGUGGCGUUCAGACUGUGAAGAUGAGAUACAGUUGCCAGAUCUCCCUCAGACAAUGUCUUGCUACAUAUCCGACAUUUGCACCAGUAUUCAAUGUUGUGUUGACGUCUCCCUAAUAAAUAGAUCAUUUGAGAUUUUGCUUAAACUUGACAGAUGUCUUUACCUGCUAGAGGUGGAAAUUGAAAACCUGAAAUUGAAUGUGCCUUUGGUCAAUUAUAAUUUCGGAGAAGAAACCCAGGUCUACUUACUUGGUGUGGUGCGGCUAACAUUCACAAUCGAGAAAAUGAAUGAAACAGCAUUCAUAAUUGAUGCCCGCAUUGAUGUGUGUUUCGAAGAAGCAGAAGCGUGCUUAUUAUCUGUCACAUUGUUAAAGCGUGCCAAUAUACCGAGCAUUUUCUGCACUCAUGGAACAGGGUUUAAAAUACCAGGAUUUUCAUUCGACGUAUGGUUAAAAGAGAAUGGAAUAAGUACAUACAGUAGUAUAGACGGAUCACUUCUGGAUACUCUACUCAGUGUCUAUGGUAUUGAUAAAUACUUAAAAACAGAACAAUGUAACAUAGAAGACGUCAAGGCCAAUGCAAUGCAAGCAAACUGCAAUGUCAAUCCGGAUAUCAGUAUAAUGUCGGAUAUGUCAUGCGCCACUACUGAAACAUGCCUUGGAAUAUCGUGCUGCGUACAGUCAGAUAUUCUGAAACGUUCAUUUGAAAUAUCAUUCGAAAUAGAUGUUUGCAGAUAUGUCAUUGAGUUCAGCAUUGAAACAUAUACAUCAUCCGUGCUAUUAGAUACGUCCGAAUUGGACAUUUGGAAAACAUUUGAACUCCAGGGACUACUGAAGAUCAGUUACCGAUUGAUAGAUAUGUUCCAGAGGAGAUUUUUUACCAUUGAUGUCAGCGUGAAGUUAUGUCUGUCGGAUGACGACCAGUGCGUCUUGGAUAUGCCAAUUUUCCAAAGACAAAUGGUUCCAAAGCCUCUCUGUCAAAAUGAAUUAGGAUUUAGUAUUCCAGACUUUUCACUUUCAAAAUGGCUUGCUGAUGAAGGUUCAAGCAGUGCAAUUUCUGUUUUACCAAGCGAUAUGGUUAACAACUUAAUUGAUGAUUUAGGAAUAUCAAAAUACUUGCUUCAGGAUAGAUGCACUGUUACAUCUGCAGCGUGGAAAUCAGAAUGUGGUUUCCUCAAAAGCGAGAUAAACCUGCCAUCUGGAGUGUCGUGCAGUUUAGAUAGUACGUGCAAUGACCUGGUUUGCUGCUUAGAAUUCGAACAACUACAAAUGACGUUUUUGUUCGGCUUGAAACUUGAUGUCUGCAAUAUGACACUUACUGCACGUAUAGAAGAAACGACUGUAAGAGAAUCUCUUUUCAACUUCUCAUUCAAUACCGAAAAUACAAUGGAUUUAUUCGGUAUAUUGAAGUUGAAAUAUAAGAUAGUCGACCUUUCUGGAGCUCGAAUGUUUUCGAUCGAAUUAAAUUACAGUUUGAGUCUAGAUUCAUCUAAAUCUCCCAACGAAACAUCUGUAUUUGAUAACCUCCAGCUCCCAAAAUCAGUGUGUAUGUGGAACAGCAGUUUAAAAUAUUCAUCUGUAGAGGAUUUCUUCAAGUAUAUUGGUGUUGCUCCGUCAGAUGUAUUACAGACAGAUAUAAUACCUAUAUUUCUUCACCAAACGGGACUGCAAAGGUUUUUGAAAGACGGAACCUGCCUUAUGACUCCAAGUUUCAGUCAAACAACGAAAUGUCCAGAGAUAAGUCUACCACCUACAUUUGAUGGAAAGAUAGCGUGCUUGUUUGAGCCAAACUGUAGUUCUCUGACAUGUUGCCUAGAUGCAGCAUUCAUCCGAAGGACCAUUUCAACAGGGUUUCAUAUCGAUACGUGCAUUAGGAAGCUACAUAUUUAUAUAGAAAACAUGAUCUACGAGCUAGACAUGAAUGAAAAAAGUUUUGGUCAAGAACAUAUAAUUAGUCUUUCCGGAAUAAUUCAGCUGAGAAUCCAGUUUGAUUACAUCUCGGUAGAAAACUUGUUUGUCAUAGAUAUGGGAUUAAAGUUAUGUUGGGAUAGCAAUACAUGUGUUUUGGACGCAGCAAUAUUAAAUAGAACGGAAAUAUCUACCCCAUUAUGCACUUGGGACAAAGGUUUCCAAAUUAAAGGUGAGGUCGACUUUAAUAAAACAUUUUUCCUGUCCUCCGCCCUUUUCCAAGAUAACAAAUGCCAUAGAAAUAGGUUGCGUCCUUCCGGCUGUUCGCCGGAUUCAUUCAAUUUCUCGCUUUUAACAUGGAAAGUAGAUCAUGGAUUAGGACCAAAUGAAAACAUAGAAGGGUUGUUGUCAGACCAACUUUUCGAACACCUGGAACUAUCACAAUACUUAGCAUCGCAAUGUACAAAAGAUGAUUUCAUGAUAGCUACGGAAUGCUCUCUGGAUGUGCCUCGCUGGUUUGAGGACAACGACGAAUUAUUCUGUGGAUUUCAGAGUUCUUGUUCAAACAUAUCAUGCUGUGUGAUGCCGAAGUCUCUCGGACGAUCAUUUACAGUAUAUGUUGACAUUCGACCUUGUGAAUUUCAAAUGUUUAUUGCUAUUGAGAAGUUACAGAAAGUUGUAUCAUUAACAAGCUAUACGUGGGGUACAACUGACAAAAUUUCUCUUUCUGGCAUAAUUUCACUGACAUAUGCAAUUUAUGACGUGUCCGCUGAAAAUGCCUUCAUCAUUGAUUUAGAAAUAUCCGUUUGUCCCGACGUAAUAUCGGCGUGCUUGUUUGAUGAAAUUGUCUUGAAAAAUCAAAGAAUUAAGAAAGAACCAUGCAACUGGAAAGAUGCUUCAAUCGAUGCAGAUUUCAGUCUCACUAGCUGGAUGGAUAUCAGGGGAUUAGAUUUAAGUACGUUUUCUGAACACGGAACGCAAUAUCUAAUGGAAACACUUGGGAUUGACACGCUUCUUCUUCAGCCGUCCUGUAAUCUGCAAGAUAGAAUAUAUGAAGAAGAUGCACUAAAUACAGACUGUUCCAUGGCAAAACCCUUUUCAUCCUUGAUGCCUUUAGCAGCUUGUCGACUAUCAUCAGAAUGUACCCAUGUGGAAUGUUGUUUAGAUACGCCAACUAUCAACCAACAUUUCAAAGUUGAAUUCGAUUUUGACCCCUGCAAUUACAAAUAUACAAUAUUCAUUGAAAAAUUUAAAUAUGAGAAUAAUCUCUUCAAUGUUGACCUCACAACAGAGCAUACAUUUUCUUUACUUGGAGUGGUAUCUCUAAGAUACCGCAUAGAAGAUUUGGAUGUUGACGGACUUUACAUGGUUAACUUAAGAAUUACGAUAUGUUUGGACAGAACUGUGUGCCCGAUCGACCUUCAGAUAUUACAUGAUACACUGAUAAGAAAGCCAAAUUGCUUUAUGAAACUGAAACAAGAGUACGAAAUAAAAGAUUUUUCCUUAAGGACAUGGUUGGACAUUUCCAAUGCGAGCUUUCCAGUUUCAAAGAAUGUCGCUUCAGUUUUGAUGAGCGAGCUCGGCAUUACUAAGUAUCUUGAAACCAAUGUUUGUGUUAUUGGUUUAGAACCGUUUAAUCAACUCGGCUGGAAUAGAGAUGAAUGUCCACUCAAUGUUUCCAUUCCGGAUCAGCAGCUGCUAGAUAUUUCCUGUUCAUUGACGACAAAAUGUACUUCAGCUUCUUGUUGUAUACCCAUCCCACUGAUAGAACGUAAUAUCAAAGUAUAUAUAGAUGUAGAUCCAUGUGCAUUGACGAUGAUUCUAGGUAUUGAACGGCUUCAAUAUUUCGUCAGUUUGAUCGAUUAUGAUUUUGGCCGGGAAGAGUAUGUUUGGCUUUCAGGAGUAUUUCGACUGACGUUUACUAUUUAUGACAUAACGAGCAAGAAUGAAUAUCUGGUUUCUUUGAAGUUUGAAGAAUGCUGGGAGUCUAAUGAUGCAUGUUCAAACGAGUAUAGCAUUUUUGAGAAUCAACGGUUACCAAAACAGAUCUGCAAAUCAGUUGAAGGCUAUACUAUUCCCGAGUUUUCCUUCUCCUCAUGGAUGACAGAUCAUGGACUGAGCACAAAUGCCACGUUAGAUGUAAAACAGCGAAAUCAGCUCCUUGCAGAUUUAGGACUCAGUGCUUAUCUCAAUGAAAAUGAAUGCAUUAUAGAAACACUGACUACUGGACUAUAUCAAAAUGGUUGGAUUAGCGAAUGUCCAAACACCUUUCAUCUUCCCUUGUUACUUGACGGCAUACAGUGUACACUCCUGGAUUACUGCACAUCCGUAAGCUGUUGUGUAGCUUUGAAACAGAUAGGAUAUAACCUUCAAGUAGAUCUUGAUAUAGACACAUGCAAUCAAAUACUGACAAUGAAAAUAGAACGGCUGAAGAAAGAAAUUCUCUUAAUAGAAUACGAAUAUGGAGCCUUAGAAGAAUUUUGGCUAUUUGGAAUAGCACAUGCCAGGUACCAAGUGUACGACUUACGAGAGGAGCGGAAAUACCUACUGAACAUGAACAUCAGUAUAUGUUUCGAAUCGCAUUUGCCAUGCCUCAAUUUUACAGUGUUCCGUAAUACGAAAGUUAAAAAAGUAAAAUGUGACUGGGGAGCGAAAGCGGACAACGCGGACGCCUUUUCAAUCUCUCACUGGAUGAGUAACUUCAAAGAAGACAUAAGAAACAUAAGCAGUUUACCAGCUUAUGCCAUUGACAUACUGUAUAACGAAAUGGGAGUUGGAGACUUCCUCUCCGAAAGCCAAUGUGUCGUCAAGAUUCAUCCUUUUAGUGUCAAAGGUGGCAUAAAGAAUGAAUGUACCGGAUAUUCAAAGCCUCUAAAUGAUCUCGGUCCGGUUUCUUGUCAUCUAAGCUCUACAUGCAUGUCUCUUGAAUGUUGUAUCGACACGGAAAUCCUCCCGAGAACUUUACACACAUUCUUACAAAUAAAUGCAUGCCAGCAAACUCUUGUUAUUGGUAUUGAGAAAUUCACAUUUGAAAUGGAUUUAGUAAACUACGAAUUUGGAACAACUGAAAACUUUUGGCUGCAGAAAAUAUUUCGAACUGAUUUCCGGCUUUUUGAUCUGAAGGAGGAAGAAGUAUAUGUUGUUGAUUAUAAUAUCAGUAUUUGCCUUGAGGGUGGGGCAAAAUGCAACAUUAAACAAGUGGUCUUAUCUCAUGCAUUAUUGCCAAAGCCACAGUGUGCCCUCAAAGAAGGAUUUAAACAGGAUAACUUUUCGUUCACGGGAUGGAUGACAGAAAAUGGUUAUUCACUCGGAGAUGAAAUAUCUGACUUGGAUAAUUCAAAGCUGAUGGAAGAUCUUGGCUUACCGAGAUAUCUGAAGGUUUCGGAAUGCAACAUGUCAAGUAUUACUGACAAUAUAACGUCAGUGUGCGCCUUAGGAUCACAUAUGGUCGACCUUCCCAACCAACUUACCUGCUACCUACCAACAUGCAAUGAUGUGAAAUGCUGUCUAUCUGUCGAGCCUAUUAGAAGAAACUUCAUGAUAAGUUUCAGUGUGGAUCCCUGCCAACUAAUGCUAUCAAUUGAGGUAGAAGAGUUCAAAGUUCAGAUGUCACUUAAUGACUUCGAAUGGAACAAAGAGCAAGAAGUGUACUUGAAAGGUGUAAUAAAAGUGAUGUUUUUAUUGGAUAAUCUGAACGGGCAAAAUGCUUUUGUGUUAUCACUUCAUGUUAAAGCAUGUCUUGAAUUCAACACCAUGUGCUACUUUGAAAAGAAAAUCUUCAACAAAGUGAAAUUUUCUAAACGGUUUUGCGACUAUUCUGCAUCUAUUUCAUCUUUCCCUAUAGAAGAAUUUUCACUCUUGGAGUGGAAGCUGCAAAAUGAUCUCCCGACGGACAUGCCUCUCGCAAAUCCAUUUUCUGCUAUAUUGCUUGAAGAUUUGGGCUUGUCGAUGUACUUAAGUGAAACACCAUGUCAAAUGAAUCACACAGAGUAUAGUUAUGGUUGGAAAAAUAGUUGCCCUUACAUAAAGACGUCACAUUUACCAGAAAUCGUAGAAUGUUCUUUAGACAGCACAUGUUCCAAACUAGAAUGUUGUUUAUCAGUGACGGCUAUUAACAGAAAUAUUAAAUUGGAGUACGAUAUUGAUGUCUGUGAAUCAAAAGUGGAAGUCAGUAUUGAAAAUUUACAGAUGACACACUCGCUCUUCCAUUUUUCUUGGGGUGAACCAAAGAGAUUGAAUUUUGGUGGCAUUGUUCGCUUAGAUUUUGCCUUUUCUGAUCUACCAAAUGAAAAGAAGAUAAUGUCGAGUGCGUCAAUCAGUGUUUGUUUUGAGUCGUCCUCACCUUGUAUAUUACAGACAAAUAUACUUGAUAAAGUGAUUUUUCCUAAGGAAUCAUGCAAAUGGAAAAGAGGUUUCAUCAUAGACGAUUUCUCUCUGCAACAAUGGAUAUCGCAGGAAGGUCUCACACAAGGCAUUCCAUUAGAUGAAUACUACACUGCAAAAUUGUUAGAAACACUAAACGUUUCUCCGUUCUUAAUGAAAGAUUCCUGCAUCGUUAAUAUAUCAAGUAAUACGUCGUGGACCUCUGAGUGUCCUAGAAGUCUCACUAGCGGGAUGCUUACUUUGCCAAACACGGUGCAUUGUGUCAUUGGUCAGAGUUGUACUGAAGUUGAAUGUUGUAUUGGACUAGAAAUAUUGAACAGAACAUUCAAAACUCAAGUAGCCAUUGACUCAUGUGCACAUCAGAUGACAUUUGCUGUUGAAAAUUAUAAACAUAGUAAACAAUUGUUCAAUUAUACGUGGGGAAAAACAGAACAGAUUUGGCUGUAUGGUGUUGUUCGAAUAAGCGUAUCCGUUUAUGACCUUGGUGGGGAAGGCAAAUAUAUUGUCAACAUGAAUAUUAGUGUUUGUCUAGAGGCAAAUGCAGCUUGUCAAGUCAAUGUGCAAGUUCUGGAUAACGCAAUUCUUCCAAAGCUCGACUGUGAUUGGAAUGCUAAUUUUGCUGAUGCAGACUUUGAUUUGGAUGCAUGGUUUCUACGACAUGGUCUAUCCUCAGAAGAGGAUUUGACACAAGAAUAUACCCUGAUACUCUACAACGACCUCAAUUUAUCUCCCUUUAUUGGAGAAGAAGAAUGUUUGAGUGGCAGCAACAGCACAUUAAACGAUUCGGCAUUAGGCUGGACUAAAGAAUGCCCAUAUGAUAUUGAUUUACCUCAACUGCCUGAGUCUACAGUGUGUCGAGUGCCAAGGUUUUGUACAGGCAUUGAAUGUUGCUCAGAAAUAAAACUUCUUAGAAGAAAUAUCAACACAUACAUCUUUGUACACUCGUGUUUAAAUCGUCUUGAAAUUGGUAUAGAACGGAUGAAAUACACAGUUGAUCUGACUGGCUUCGAAUUUGGAACGGAGAAAGUUGUCAGCUUACAAGGGGUUUUCAAACUUAGAUUCAUGAUUGAAGACUUGAAAAAUGAGGAUGUUCUGCUUAUGACCUUGGAUAUCAAUAUUUGUUUCUCUACUAAGGAACCAUGUACUGAAAGUAUAUCAAUAUUUGAAAAUACGAAACUUCAGAAACCUGUCUGCGAUUUAAACACUGGAUACAAAAUUAAAGAUUUCUCAAUGAAAGAAUGGCUAAUUAACAAUGGACUUGAAGCCGGAAAUAUUGAGACUUUACCACUUUCAAUGUUAUAUGAGGAGCUUGGAAUAUCAACUUACCUUUCUGAAGAUGUUUGUAAUAUACCAGAACACGUACAAAACUGGGAAAAAGAAUGUCCACUAGAUGUUGAUGUACCAGUACUGCCGGAAAACGUUUACUGCAGGCUCGAAACGUCUUGCAACGCCGUUGACUGUUGUAUAAAUUCUGAACUGCUUCAGCGUACUUUUGCUUUAACUCUAAAAGUGGAUCCAUGUGAUAUGAUACUUACAAUCGCUAUAGAAAAACUGCAGUUCGAAAUAUCACUGUUUGAGUACUCUUGGGGUUUGGAAAAUAUGUUUGACUUGUUCGGUGUAAUACGAAUGAGAUAUUCUGUUGAUGAUCUGCACAUUGCUAGAAUGUACCUCAUGAAUGUAGAAAUUGCUGUUUGCCUUGAAUCCAACGACCAGUGCGAAACUGUUGUUUCUGUUUUUAACAAUACUCUACUUAACAAACGUCUAUGCAAUCUGGAUCCAGGUUUUGCAAUUCAAAAUUUUUCACUUACUGACUGGCUUACUGCUAAGGGCUAUCCGUUCAAUAGUUACCUUGGUGAUGACGUCACAACAGAGCUUCUCGAAGGUUUAGGUAUCAUCGGAUAUUUAAAUGAAAUACAAUGUGAUAGGAAAUCUCAGACCUAUUCUCCGUCUGCAAAUGGAUGGAGAAAAAGUUGUUCGCUAGGUGUACACGUUAACCCUCUGCAAAAUAUACUAACUUGUGAUCUGGAAGAAUCGUGCACAUCUGUGGACUGCUGUGUAGAUGUGUAUUUACUGGAAAAAUCAUUCAACAUCAGAUUUAAUCUUGACCCAUGUUCAAAUAUGCUAGAAAUUAGCAUUGAAAAACUGGUAUUUGAUAUACCAUUAAACGACUACAUAUAUGGAUCGCAGUCAAGGUUCUGUUUAUAUGGAAUGGUCUGCUUAGAUUUUUCUAUAAAGGAUUUGUUUCGGUCAAGAAUGUAUAUCGUCGAUCUGGAACUCAGCAUUUGUUUCGAUUCAUCAACACCCUGUCGUAUAGAAAGUCAAAUUUUCAAGUCAACUGCUUUGCCAAAAACAAUUUGCAGCUGGGAAGAUGCAAAUAUAGUACAAAAUUUCACAUUAAGUAACUGGUUCUUUGAGAGAGGAAUGCCAGAAAUGACCAAGUUGCCUUCAUAUAUAGCUAGCGUUCUUGAAAACGAUAUUGGCCUCUCCAUGUAUCUUAAUGGAGAAGAAUGUAGACGAAACGUGUCCCCUUACAUAUCAAAUUCUUCCAGUUGUUCUUCAGAUUGUCCUUUUAAAAUACACACGUUAGUUGAUGAUGCUGAUAUUAUGUGUUAUAUUCCGAAUUAUUGUACAGCUGUUGAUAUUUGCACACAUGUUCCUCUAAUCAACCGAAAUGUUUACGCCUUUCUGCGGAUUCACGCCUGCAAUUCGGUUUUGGAUGUUGGCAUUGAACAGUUCCAAUUUUCAGUCGGACUAUUUGACUUUGAAUUUGGCAAAGACGUUGCGAUAAACCUGAAGGAUGUAUUCAAAAUGAAAUUCCGAAUUGAUGAGCUUACGACAAAAGGUGUAUUUGUUGUGGAUCUUGAAUUAAACAUCUGCUUUUCAAACCCAAGUUGUGAAAAGACAUUUAUCAUAUUUGAUCGUACGGAGCUGCCGAAUUUGCCCUGUUCUUGGGAUUCAGGAUUUCGAAACGAAUCAUUUUCCCUUACUGAAUGGAUGAAUGAGCGAAGUAUUUCGAAAGGGGAAGUGACGGAUGUGCAACGCAAGGAAUUGUUUGAAACACUUGGUUUGGCAGUUUAUUUAUACGACAACGCCUGUUAUCUAUCUGAACUACCAUACACUCCGUCAAAUAACGGCUGGAAUAUCGAAUGUCCCGUUGAGCUGACGCUUAGUCCCCUGCCUUCAGGUAUUGGUUGUUUCAUUUCUGACAUGUGUACAGCUAUCCAGUGUUGUCUCGAGAUAGAAAUUGUCCAAACAUCUGUUUACUUCUACGUUAUUGUUGAUGGAUGUGGAAAACAGUUGACCGUUGGUAUAGAACAAAUGAAGUUAGUGAUGGAUAUCGAUAGCUUUCAGUUCGGUAAAUGGGAUCGGUUCUAUUUGUUUGGUGUCUAUAGAAUCGAUUACAUGCUUGAAAACUUCCAAGGAGGUCGUAAAUAUGUUCUCGAUAUGAACAUAAGUGCUUGUUUUGAAAGUCACAGAGAAUGCGAAUUCACCCUUCCUGUACUCCAGAAAGCUAUUUUGCCUAAAGUAAAUUGUGAUUGGCAGAAUGGAUUCAUUAAUAGUGAUUUUUCCUUUGAGUCCUGGAAAAGCGAGAAUGAUGUUAACGAAAGCGCAACACUUUCUAAGGCUCAGUUUGAUAUUCUGGCGAAUGACUUGGGUAUCAGUCAGUAUCUUCUUGAUAACGAGUGCGAGAUGUCUUCAAAUAGACCCCUUCAAGGAUGGAAUAACGCCUGUACUCUGGGUGUUAACUUGACAACUUUACCAAGUAACAUCGAAUGCACGAUCGGAACCUCUUGUUUGGCUAUAGACUGCUGUCUCAAUAUCAGUAGUCUCAACCGAAGAUUUGGAUUUUCUCUGCAUGCAGACGACUGUGAAUAUCAGAUAUCAGCGAGUAUUGAAAACCUUGUUCUUGAAAGAAAAAUGUCAGCUUUCGAAUUUGGGAAGCAGAUUCACUUUGACAUAGAUGGACUAAUUUCUUUGCGAUUUCUGGUAGUUAAUAUAGAAUAUAGUAACAAAUAUUUGUUGGAUAUGGAUGUUGAUGUGAACUUUGAGGCAAAUGAGCCUGCAGAAAUAUCUGUCAAACUGCUUGAUGAUAUGAUUGUACCACGUAUCCCAUGCCAGCCUAAUGCUGAUUUUAUAAAGAAAGAUUUCUCUUUGGACAAAUGGAAAGAAGAGAACAAUGUAAGUGUCGUUGAUGACUAUCAGUCUACACGACUGCUGGAGGAUAUCGCCAUUGCACCAUUCCUGAUUCCCGAUAAAUGUGAUGUACAUGAGGGAUCUGAAAUUGAUACAUCCUUAUGUCCGAUAGAGGUUGAGACUUCAUAUAUGUACGGUCAAGGCUCAUGUUCACUGACUGAAAUAUGUUCCGGUAUUCGUUGUUGCCUCAAGUCAUCUGAGAUUCAAGCGAACUUCUAUAUCGAGGUCGGAAUUGAUGCAUGUAUGGAAGAAGUCAUAGUUGUUAUUGAAAAACUUAAAUUUAUGUUUGCGUUUAGAAACUUCACUUGGGGAGAAGUCCAAACAUUCAGUCUAUACGGUGUGAUCAAGAUAGAGAUGGAAUUAUCGGAACUUGUGAAGUCACAGAUUUACAGCUUAGACCUUAACGCAAGCAUUUGCUUUGGAGAACUUCAAACCUGCAACACAGUGUUUCAAAUUCUGCAGGAUGAAUAUAUGACUGCCUUGCCUUGUAGUUGGUCCUCUGGAUUUUUAGACACAGACUUUAAGUUUGAAGAAUGGCGAAAAAAAUAUCAUUAUGAACUUCAAAAACAUCUUCCUGAAACUGGUGUAGCAUUCUACUUAUCAAAGAUUGGUGUUGAUUCUUACCUCCUCCACAAAAUGUGCGACCCUUCAGCAGGGCUUUAUUCACAAACCACUUCGACAGGCUGGACAUCAGACUGUCGAAACAAUGCGAGCGUUCAGACUUUACCAGAAGAAACAAAAUGUUUCAUGGAUGACACAUGCUCUGGAUUUGAGUGUUGUUCUUAUAUUGACGUACUGCAGCGGUCGUUUCAAAUAACAUUUCAACUAGACUCCUGUUCUCAAAUUUUAACUAUAGGAAUCGAACGCAUUUUGCACCGCAUAUCUUUAACAACAUUUGAAUGGGGCAUAUGGAAUAAAUUUUAUCUUAAUGGUUUUGUAAAACUAGACUAUUUGAUCACGAGCCUAUCGAUACAAAAGAUAUAUGUUGUAAAUGUUAACCUGAGCAUUUGCCUGGAUCUGCACAACUGUGAAGUAGAGGUAGAAAUUCUAAACUACGAUGUUUUGCCACAACAAAUAUGCAAAUGGAAUCCAGACUACACAGCAGAUGAAUUUUCACUGACACAAUGGAAAAAUGACAGAGGUAUAAACGAAACAGGAGGGUUUGACGAUGUCCAACAGAAGCAGUUGAUAACAGAUUUGGGUAUAUAUCCAUAUCUUCUGGAAACGGAAUGUCGGGCAGUCUACAGUUCUGGUUCAGGAGAAUGUGAUGUGUCAGCAGACCUCCCAUCAUCUUGCAGUUUAUCUAACAGCUGUGCGAGAGUAUCAUGCUGUUUAUAUUCAGAUGUUUUACAGCGACGCAUUUUCUAUGAAUUAGACUACGACAGAUGUAACCAUAUGAUCAACAUAAGUAUAGAAACUUUUAGCAGGACAAUAUCUCUUUAUGAGUUUGAGUACGGGAAGCCAACGACUGUGUCAUUGUAUUCCGUAUUGAAAAUAGAGUUCGUGAUAGACUAUCUUGUAAUAAGUCGCUCUCACAUUAUGAGCCUGAACAUAAGUGAGUGCUAUGAAGCGGACGGUUUAUGUUCAGUAGUGUCAGAGGUUCUAAUUGGAGACCAAUUUUCUUCCGAAGACUGCCCUAUUAACAAGAACUACAAAUCUGAAGAGUUUUCCUAUGCGAAAUGGACAGAAGACAGGAAUCUGAACACGACUAGUUUACCAGCAUAUGCAAGAAAUAUCCUCUAUCGUGAUCUAGGAAUAAGCCAGUAUCUUCUACCCAAUGCAUGUGUCGUGGAAUCGUUUGAAUGGAAAUCUGAAUGUGUGGAUAAUGUAACCUUGUUUAACAUCACCGAUAAUAACACGACGAUUUCUUGCAAUUUACAAACAUCUUGCUCCAGCCUGAUCUGUUGUCUCUAUGUAGACGAGAUACAACGAACAUUUCAGCUUAAGUUUUUGUUUGAACCAUGCCAAUUGAAGCUUGCUGUCGGGAUAGAAAAGCUUGUCUAUGAAAUACCGCUGAAAGAGGCAGUGACAGGUCUCUACCUUACAAUGAGUUUGAACGGUUUUUUAAGGAUAGAAUUUAUGCUGGCCGAGAAUUUGAAUAACGAAUAUAUCCUUAAUCUUCGUCUUAAAGUGUGCAUGGAAAGUGGCUUUGAAUGUAACCGCGAAAUUGAAAUUUUAGAAGAAUUUGUUGUUGUGCAACAAGCGUGCGACUUUGGAGCAGUCUUUGAAAUUCAAGACUUUUCAUUGACGAAAUGGAAGCAGAAAAAUGCACUAUUAUCGGAUGACCUGAUGAGUUCAAAGGAAAGAGAUGUGUUAAUGCAGGCUUUAGGUUUAAAAGCGUUUCUUCUGGCAAACCCAUGUGAAUUAGGACAACACACUUCCGCAGACACACCUAUUGAGAGCAUUUACGAUGAACAGAAUGCCACAUGUAUAAGGACAACGAACGGGGAGAGCUACGACUGUUGUGUUGAAUCUAAAGUACUUGGGAGGAACUUGUGGAUGAAUUUCACCCUUGAUUUAUGUAGUUAUCUCAUGGAAAUGAAUUUGGAAAACGUACAACAAAAGUACCACUUGCUGAAUUAUGAAUGGGGAACCAAUCACAAAGUGUCAACAAAAGGUGUCUGGCGCGUGGAAUACAUGGUGACAAACGUUCAGUCAGAACGCGUGUUUUCUUUCGACAUUUCCUUACAACAGUGUUUCGAGCCUGUCUGUACGUCACGAGUGAUCGUAGCUAACGACGUCCGCAUACCCUAUCCAUCCUGCCAAAAUGUGACAAGAAAUGACACCCGUCAACCAUUCUAUGGAAUAUCGUAUGACUUCUGGAAGCAGCCUGUCUGUACUCGAGACAAUUUUACAGUAUCUACAGGUUGUGCGGAUUUAUCUGAGGAUGUUGCGGACAUAUGCACUUGGACAAAUGGCUGUGCAGGAAUUCAGUGCUGUACAGAAUUCUAUUUCAGCGAGAGCAGACGAAAUAUUAUGGUUGAUUUCUCGCUUACAUGCGACGGUAAAAUACAGUAUGGAAUUGAAAACAAAAGAUGGAACAGGACUCUAUUGGAGAAUGGACUUACUAUCAAUGAGGUGAUAGCUGAUACAAUCUAUUUUGAUAUGAGCGUAUCAAACAGUAUCCCACUAAGCUAUCAGGUGAAUAUGAAUGUAUCAGUAUGUACAGGCACACAGAAUACGUACGAUUGUCAGUUAAGCUUCCGCUUGUCUCAAGUGGCAAAAUGCCCAGAUAACACAAGACGACGUCGACGACGACGAAGCAUAAGUGAUAUGAUAUUACCGAGUGUGGAUCUAAAAGAGGCCGUCACACUGUUGAUGAGUCAAGGGGCGUCUCCAGCUGAAAUACAAAAGUUCAUGGAAGAUGCAAUACAAUAUCAGAAUGAUCUGAAGUCUCAAAUGUGGCAAAGUGAGCAACUGAGUGAUUCAGAUUCAAGCACAGGAUAUGCGGCAACAGUGAAAGCAUUGGGAGAAAAUAAUCCACAAACGCUUAAAUACAGAAGUUCCAAAGGAUCAGUAAAAAUGGAAGUCGAAGGUGCUAACAAAAUUGUGGAGAUGUUUGGAAGUGUAAAUGACAUAAUAAACAGAGCUGAUCAGCUUUUUGUUGUCGGAAAGGGGCUUUCUAAGGAAGGGACUAACUUGUUAGGCGCGCAACUAGCAAAUAUGACAAUCGGAGACCUGGAAGCAAUGCUGGAACAGAACAAAGUUGACCCGACGUUAAUUAGAGAACUAGUCGAUGAUUUUAUAGAUCUUGCUAAAGCAUUGUAUUCAGAAGUGGUGGACAAACUAUUUUCCGGAGAAUUAGGCAACCCAUUCAAAUCAUUUGAAAUCUCAUUGAAAGGGAAUUUCGGACUACCUAAAAGGAGUGUAAAGUUCUUUAAAUUUGAGGAAGACUUUCCGUUAGGAGGAUUCAUAACUCUUACCUUUGCUUUCGGCGCCAAUGGAUAUUACGGACUGGAUUUAGGUUGGGAAGGUAAACUGAUAGCUCAAACUGCCGGAGCUACCGUUGUGCCUUACGGAGGUCUGACAUGUUGGGGUGAAUUAGGGAUUGGUUUCAUACUGUACGGUAAACUUCGAUUAGAAGGACAGAUUAUGGAUCUAAAAUUUCCAACACGUGCUGAAAUCGGAUUUUCAAAAUUCCCAUUGGAUGUUACAUUAAAAAUGGACUUAGAGCUAACACCAGUGAAGCUUCGGCUGAUUGCACUUGUCACGCUUGAGGUUAAACUGUUGUUUAUCAAAUUUAAGAAGACAUUGUUCAGUACAGAUUUGUGGCGUUAUACUUCACCGAAGAUACGGGCAAAUAUGAUCGAUGUUUCUACAAAAGAAAAGGAUGACUCACCACCUCAGUUUUCAUCAGUUAUAAAUGAUAAAAUUAAUAACCGUAAGAGGCGGUCUCUAUCUACUUGUGAAAUCAGUCAAAUUAAGAACAGAGAUUACACUGAGCCUUCCUUUGAGAUAUCUGUAGCAGCUGCAGAUGACAAGAGUAAUGUAAAGUUUUUCCUGGAUGUUGGUACCUUCCCCGCAGGAAACAAUGUCGUCAACGAUCGUCAACUCGGAGGAUCAUCGACGGUUUUAGCUACAUCCGUAGACGAAUAUCCAUCUGGAGAACCCUUGUUUUUCACCGUCUUUGCUGAAAAUAGUGCCGGUACGAGGGCGGGUGUGACUUGUAUGUUAACGACUUAUGACACUACAAAACCAACGGCAAGAAUAACACCUGGGUAUUUAACAACAAGUAACCCAGAUCUAGUAAAGGCAUCAGUGUUAGUUCACGAUGACUCAGAAAUCACCAGAGCGUUUAUUGGAAUAGGAUAUGGCAAAGGGAUUUUCGGAGACCAAAUGAUUCCAUGGACCUUGCGGAAUUUAAUGGAAAGGAAACCUUUAUCAUUUACUGGUGAUCCAUUAAGGCAGUUUUCGGACAUAGAAGACGGAAAGUUUGCUUCUCCACCCAUCCAAACACUCAGUGGAGUAACAUUAGCGUCCACGUGUGCACAGUCCUGCUUAGAUUUGGAACACUGUACUAGUUUCAAUUAUGAUUAUGGUCCGGAUGGUACAUGUGAACUGCUUCGUUCAAUUCGACAUUACGAUGAUACUUUGGCAGAGUCUGGUCUAUUUUGUCACUUUGAGCGGUUGUCCAGUGGCCAUGCUGUCGAGAUCAAUGAAGAAAACUUAAAUAUGCGACACAAUUGGCUCCAUUUUGUCAAUAUAGACCUCACGAACGUGUUGGGUUAUAGAUCAGUCGUAUCAAGUGCGGGCAUACUUACAGACUAUACAUGUCCUGAACCAGGCCCUAUUGUAAAUUUAUCAAGUGAUACCUUGAGCAGAGAUGAAUGUUUAUCUUUAAUUCCUCCUGAUCGGCCAGAUCUGAAUAGAUACUGUAUUGGUAUACAUCCCAAAAGACUCAACCACAGAACUAUUAUUGACGGUGAAGGAUCCAGUACGCUUUUUAACGGCGAUAAACCGAUGCUUGAUCUCAAAUACACUAGAAGUAACAACUACAUUGCUGGGAACUGGGAUGGAAUCACGGACGAGGAAACAGAUAUACGAGCAUACGCUUUUGCAGUUGGAAGACACAUAUGUGAAGAUAUGAUCCACCCUCAUCAUGACCCACAUAAGCAUUUGAUGCACGAAUCACAGUGGACCAACAUGGCUGUCAUUACCGCUUCGGCGAAUUAUAAUCCUUUCCCACUCGCAUCCGGAAAGUACUACCUGAUGGUCAGGGCUAUAAAUAAAGUGGAAUACGGAGGGCCGCUUGCAGUUACCGUGUGUCAUAGUACACCCUAUAUCAUUGAUAUUACGUAUCCAGUUGUGUACGAAGUCUUUGAUAUUAAAUAUGACGAGGAGAAUUAUAUAUUGUCAGCAGAACAUAAUUCUACCGAUAUUGAAUCGGGCAUUGGCUCUGUUGAACUUGCAAUCGGAAACAACCCUAGAAACGAAGAACUGUUGUCGUGGACAAGAAGACCAACGUCACAAUAUAUCAUUUAUAGACACCAUAUCCCAGACGGUAUUCCUGCGUGGUUACGUUUACGUGUUACAAAUAACGUUGAAUUACACUCAGUGGGUAGAGCUGAUCAGGCUAUUAUUGUGGAUGCAAGUCCACCACUAGCAGGGACUGUAUACGAUGGUCCUUUGUUCAUGGAGGACCUACAAUACACAAAAUAUUCAAAACAGAUAUGUUUGAACUGGUAUGGCUUUUUCGACCCCCAAUCAGGAAUUUCUUCUUACGAAGUAGGAAUUGGCACUUUAGCAGGUCUGACAGACAUUGCGGAGUUAAAAUCUCUAAAACAUCAUGAACAUUCGUAUUGUGUGGCAUUAGAUGAUAAUUCUACAUUGAUUCAUGAUCGUGUUUAUUACCCGAUUGUCUGGGCAAGCAAUGGAGCUGUUAACCAAAAGAAUAUUUCUGGAACAUCAGAUGGAGUGCGUGUUGACCUCACAAAACCUGAAAAGGGGCUAGCGGUAGACGGAAAUCUUGAAAGUUUCUCCGAUAUUCAAUAUAGUUCAUCCAAAUCAACGAUAGAGGUUCAGUGGUACAACUUUUAUGACCCAGAGUCAGGUAUUCGAGAAUACGACGUUCAAGUUGCAAGAAAAAGGCACGACAGUGGCUGGUCAAUAAUCAAAGAUUGGUCAACGUUUGACAAAUCGUCUAAACUAGCUGAAUGGCGAAAUUUCCAUCUUGAUCACAACGACGAAAUCAGGAGCACUGUCAAAGCUACUAAUGGCGCAUUGAAUAACGUUGAGACGGACACAGAUGGCUUUAUCGUCGAUCUAACAUCUCCAUUACUUCAUCAUCUCAAUGAUGGAUCCGUCAGCGGCGAAGACAUAGAAUUUCAGGUCAUAAAUAAGCAAGGAAGUUUUGUAAUUUAA